UGUUAGUAUUUGGCAGAGAGGAGGUCUGGAGGCAGCAGGCCGGCUCACAGCUCCUCUUUUCUUCUCUGCUUCUCUCUUUGCUCUGACAGAUCCGUGCUGAUAUCAGAUUGAUGGGCCGGUUUGAUUGAAGUCUCUUUGUCGUGCUAAUGUCACGGCGAGUGAUGGAUGAGGCGCGUGCGUCAAUGCAAGCGCGCGCGCAAAAAAACUCCACUCCUAAACCGAAAGGUGCCCCUCCCCUCCCCUACACACACACACACACACACACACACACACACACAGUGGUUUCCCCGGUCCUGUGACCGGCUGACAAACUUCUGUCCCUUCGGUCACCAUAGGCGACGUGUGACGAGGAGCCACGUGACGCGCAGCAGAGGUAAGAAAAGAAGUGACACGGAAAAGAGAGAGAGAGAGGGGAGAGAAAGAGAAUCACGGAAAAAGAGGUGGAAAGCAGAGAAAUAGAGAGAAAAAGAAGAGAAUGGAGGACGGAGUGUGACCUGUGUGGAGGUGAAGAGGUGACUCGGCUCUUCUCGGUCUUCUCGCGGGGUUUUGCGCUGUCACCAGUGAGCUUUUGGACAACACAGGUCGAGUUGAGCUGUUGACAGUAAGGCCUUCCGUUUACGCACACACAUACACACACACACACACACAGCACAGCAGAGCGCAUUAUUCAUGUGUGUUUCUGGUUUGGGGACGUGCAGAUCACCACUUUCUUUCCUCCACAUUGGAAGUUCCUGCUGGUUUUAUUUCAUCACAUUUUUGUUGAACCUUUCACAUUUUACGCAUUUUUUUUUUUUCUCCAAAUAUUUUCUUUUCUUUUGGAGUUCUUUUUUUUUUUCUUGAGAUUUAUGUUCGUUCAGCAGAGGGAUUUCAAACCAUCCAAUUUACUCUUGGAAAAAAAAACAAGUUUUUAAUGGAACUUUUCGAUUUUUGAUGUUUAUUCUAACUCAUUGGAGUCAACAUCAUCUGUGGGCUCUUUUUGUUUCCUGCUGAUCAUUCCACACUCCGUUCAUUCAGCCCCACCGCCGUGCCUACUGGUCUGAAUGGACAACAUGAACUCGUUUGUGGAAUACUCCAUUUGUAACAACCGACCGGUGACAGGCGCUUAUUCUGCGCCUAAAUCUGGAUACCACCCCCAACACCACCACCACCACCACCAUCCUCAUCAUCUGCACCAUCAUCCUCUGGAUCCUCAGCAUCAGGGCUUCCCGGUGACCUCCAGCUCCUUCCACCCUGGGCCCACAAUCGGCUCUCCAGCUCCCGUUAACGGGCCGAGAAGUGACAGCAGCAGCGCCGGUGGAGCGAGUUACACCGGGGAAACGGUGCGGCUGUACGGGGCCUCUGGAGGUACCGGAGGGGCCACCCAGCAUCCACAGCAGCAUCCUCCUCCUCAUCAUCAUCCUCAUGAGCAACAACAGCAUCAGCACAACGGCUACCAUCAUCACCAACUUCACCAAACCCAAAGCUUACAAAGCGGAACACUGUCUCCUUAUAAUACCGGGAAUAGCGGCGGCAGCACCGGGGCCUACGCGGGUCAGGCGUGCGCCACAAACUCGGAUUAUGGCCCUCCCAACACCAUUCACCCGCAGUAUUUCAUGGAGGAGUCUGUGGCCUCCACCUACUAUCAUCAAUCAAGCUUCCCCAGCUCGGCCCCCACCGUCGGGCCCAGCUACGGGGCCCUGGCCGGGGCCUACUGCGGGCCUCAGGGCGCUCUGGCCGGGCAGCAGUACCCGCAGCAGCUCGGCGGGGGUCUGGACGCAGCGGGCUUCUUGGGGCUUCCACCCGGGGGAGGUUACGGAGAGCUACCGGGAGCUAUCUCCCAGGACCGGGAGAGGGGAGAGGAGGAAGGCCAGCAGGCCGGGCAGGGCCAGACCUUCGACUGGAUGAAGGUGAAGAGGAACCCGCCGAAAACAGUCAAAGUGUCCGACUUCGGCCUCGCGGGAGCGCACAACAACGCCAUGCGCACCAACUUCAGCACGCGGCAGCUCACGGAGCUCGAGAAAGAGUUCCACUUCAGCAAGUACCUGACGCGGGCGCGGCGCGUGGAGAUCGCCGCCACGCUCGAGCUCAACGAGACGCAGGUGAAGAUCUGGUUCCAGAACCGGCGCAUGAAGCAGAAGAAGCGCGAGCGGGAGGGCGCCUCAGCUACGGCUCGCCCUUCCUCCUCUUCUUCCUCCUCCUCCUCCGGUACCGACGGUACCGACGGGGGCUUCAGCAAAGACCUGAUGGAGGACACCGAUCACUCCUCCGCGUCCACGUCUCCGGGCGCGUCCCCGAGCUCGGAGACGUAGUCAGCGCGCGAGCGACGUGACUGGUUCUGUAGAACUGGCUUAGGAAAAAGCUGAUGCACUAGUCAGCCUCAUCUACUUCUGCUUUGGUUACUGACUGCCUACAUGUCCCAGAAUUCCCUUUGAAACACACCCAGCACCUGAACUUUUGCAUUCAAGGAGUUUUACAUGGAGAUGGAGAUCCAGAAAAAACUGUUCUGUUCUGGUUUAUUUGCUGCUUGGUUAGUUUUUUUAUAGUGGAAAAAAAUGAUUCCUUCAAAUCAAUGAACUCCAGUGACUUAUUACGACGUCAAAAAGCACUACAGCUGGAUACACAGUUUGCCCAUAGUUGAUAUUUUGACUACAAGAGCUGCACUGAUGUAAUGUCUAACAAAGGGGAUCUACUUUAUACUGUGAGGCAUUUGGACGAUGACUGGCGAUGCAAAAUGCCUCAACUGGAGUAGAACGUUGUAGAAAUAACAAUAAUGGAAAAAAAAAACUCAGAUACACCACCCACCGCUUAUCUGGGACAUUGUCCAGUCAAACUCUGCAGGUUCUUCCAAACCAAACCAAAACCACCACAUUGUUGCGUGGAACCAGUGGUAGUGGUCGUUAAUAAAGUGGGUGUACUAGGUAGAGAGGGUAGGUUACCAAGGACAAAGUGGGUAUACGCUCCUUUAUAUUCCAGUGGCUUUUUGGCUGAUAGAUGGGUAUAAUGCCAGAAAAAGAGGUGGGUAUACUCCAUGUACCCGCAUAUACCCUCCACCACAUUUGGCCCAAACUAGUCUGGAGGGUCAUAAUUAAAGGGAUACGGAAGAAAAAAAACAAAUUACACAAAAUUAUUUUUUUCAUUGAUUCUCGGCUUCCUUUAUUAAAGUACUGAUGUUUUUCCUCUUCAGGCCUCUAAAAACCUUUAACCAUAAACAAACUGAGAAGGUAAACUGACUCACUGGUUAAACUGAUCACAAUUCAUGUCUCGGUAAGGCCAUAACCUUUGCUGUGGUUGAAGGUGCUAAAUUCCAAAUUCAGAGCAUUAAUAUAGCAGCAAACAACUAUUUGCUGUGUAAAGAUAAAGAUAAAGGCUAGAGCAACACAUUCUCACCCCGACUCCUCAA